AUGUUCAGGAAGCUUAUUAGGCGGCCGAAACCCCUGAAGGAAGUUUUCCCGCAAUGGAGCUUGGCUCGACUGCUUCUCGAAUUCUUCAGUGCAGGCUUCCUUGGCGCCACAAUGCUAGGAUGGUCCCCAUCCUCGUCUCACAAGCCUGGGACUCAGCAGCCUAGCACCAUGACCUAUGACUUGACGGCUACCCGAAUGCUUGUUGUUGACUUUGGAGCAGCUCGAAAAUAG